AUGAAAAAAUAUUUAGUUUAUGAAAAUAUGCAUCAUUCGUAUAUCCUGAAUAGUAUAAAAAAUGGAGAAGAAUCGGAAAAGCUAGCUGCCCUGAACGACUUUUACGAACAGCUGAACCUGUCCGCAGAUGGCGGGUUGUCCGUUUCCCAGAUGGAAGAAUACAUCAACGUGCUGAUCCACGUGAUAAAUAAGCCCCACUUGAAUUACAACAAUGCGUAUGGAAGGAACAGCAACAGUGGUAAUCAUGGGAGUGGCAAAAGUGGCAGUAAGAAGAAGGCCAAGGGGGUGGGCAGCGCCAAAAGCAUCGGCGCGGAGAAAAUUAAGGACACGGUGGAUAGCGGGCUGAACAGCUUUUUUAAGAUCAUACAGGAACGUAUAGGGGUGUAUGCGUCCGAUUUUGAUGAAGAGGAGGACGACGAGGAGGAAGUGGAAGAUGAGGAGGAAGCGGAAGAUGAGGAGAAAGUGGAGGAUGAUGAGGAGGAAGACGAGGAUGAUGAAGAGGAGGACGACAAUGAGGAUGAUGAGGAGGAGGACGACAAUGAGGAUGAUGAGGAGGAGGACGACAAUGAGGAUGAUGAGGAUGAGGAUUAUGACGAGGAGGUGGACGACGUUGGCGAGGCGGACGAAGCGGGCGGCGAUGACGGAGCCGACGAUGACGGAGGAGGCAGCGAAUUCGCCCCGAGCGAUGGCAAUACGAGGGGGAAAAAGAAGAAGAAGCGGAAAGACGUAGCCAAAGGGGAGAAGCGCAAGGGAGGCAACAAAAGCAACAGCGAAGGUGCGAACAAGCGGGCGAGUGGACGCGCCAAUAAGCGAGCCAGCAAACGAGCCAGUCAACGCACCAACCACCGAUUAAACCAACGCAGUAACAAACGAGCCAACCGGGAGAAGACUAAAGGUACGAAGAAGGCCCUGCAAGGUGCCAAGCAAAAGGGGGAAGAAACAAAAAAGAAGACACCCAUCAAAGGAGUGAAAAAAGAAAUUAUAAUAAACUCGGAAGAUGAAAGCAUUGACUUCUUCUCCUACUCGAGCAAUUCGAGCGACUCAUCCAGUCUGUCUAGUGAAUCAAGUGCCACAGACGAAAACGAAAAGAAUUUUCUCAACGAUGCAUGCGCAAUAGAUGUAAAAUAUAUUAACAUAAUUUAUACAGCCACGUGCUGUAUAUACACCAUUCUGGAUAUUUAUCCCCAAACGAUCAGAUACGUAAUUAACAACAAGGACGGGGUGAACAUCCUAAAUAGGAAACUGAACGAUAUUGAAUACAUAGAUGUAGCGGAAGUGAUUUUAAAAAUCUUCGAAAAAUUAGUAGAGAAAGAUCCUAUGCUUAUUUUGAAAAAGAAAAGUAUAAAAUACAUGUUGAUGCAUAUUGACUUUUACAAUGUUAACAUUCAGAAAAAAAUUUUCUUCUGCAUCAUCCAGAUGAUUAAUAAUAUUAACAAACAUAGGCACAUAACGAAAUAUAUAACUCCCUACUGUUCCAUUUUUACAAAUUUUUUUCACUUCCAUUAUAUUCAUAUACUAAAUAUUAUUUGCACCCUGUGGAGGUCUCUACUUGAUAAAAUGAUUACCGUUCGAUUGGAGGAAGAGAACAAGCUGAGGAGGAAAGCCAGACGGUCCGUCACUGAUAGCAGUGGAGGCGCAAAAGGGGGAGGAUCCCCUGCGUGUAGAAAAGAUUCCAAGGAAGCUUCUUACCUGAGUAAGCUGAUGGAGAAGACUGAUAAGAGGAAGAAAAAAAAACAUGAGAAGGAGGAGGGUGCCUCUGGAGCAAAGGGAAAAGGCAAACUGAAGGGGGCAACAGCUUCCUCCCUUUUGAAGAGCGGAAGGGUGAAGAAACAAACGGGAGAUUCUCCACACGAAGGGGAAGUGAUCGAAAUAUCGGAUGAAGAACAUAUGAGCGACUUUCACAAGAAAAGAAGCAACGACACUGGGGAUGACACCAACUGUGAGCACCGCGGAGGAGCAAAGUCCAACAAGGAGGUGAAAAAGAAGAGGGAAAGCUCAACUAAUAAGAAGAGCAAGAAGAAGCCAAAAGGUUGCAUAAAAGAAGAAGCGGAUGAAGGUGAGGAGGCCGACGAAGGUGGGGAAAUUCCCCAGGUUGUCGAAGUUGGAGAGGUGGAAGAGGUACAAAUGGUGGAGAAAGAGGGAGAGAGAGAAAAGAGGAGCAAGUUAAAAAAAGAGGGGAACCUCACCAGGUGUGAGUACGAUAGAAGGGGGAGCGACCCGAAGGACAGCAGCAAUAAGGGUCAAGACAGAAGUAGGAGAGGCGCCAAGAGGGAGCAGAUAAAGGACGAAGAGGUGUACAUUUUGGAUGACCAAUUAUCUGAUAGCACUAAUUGCAAAAAUAGCAAGUCGAAUGAGAACGUCACUUUUUUGAGUUCCUUUUUGAGAGACCCCGACCCUGGUAGGAGGUCAACGGGGAGAGGUUCGAAGAAGCCGACGAGGGAAACUGCCACUCAUGGGGUAGAAGGAGCCCCUCAAUUGGAAGGCACAUUCCCGGGUAAGGACGAAACGAAGAAGUCCACCCACGUGUACCACCAGAACAAACUGCUUCAGCAUAUGAUCCACCUGAACAGCAACGAAAGCACCCACGUUAAGCUCUGCGCGGAGAUCGAAAGCAUAUACAGCAUUAACAUUCGAAAUAAUAUUAUAAAGCUGCUGAUAGAGUGCCAAAUUGAGGAUAAUUUAUACGCCUUUAUGGAGACCUUUUACAUCAUUUCCAUCCUGGUGCACUACAGCGAUAAGAUACUGGAGGAUUUCUGUAACAGCGAAUUCCUCAGCAAGUUUAGCGAGCUUUUUCAAAAUGAGAAAUACCAGAGUAAUAACUUUUUAACCCUGUACCUUUUGUUUACGCUUUAUUCCUUUCUUCCCAUGUGCACGUUCAACGGGUUGGUGAUUUAUGACUACGACAUGGGGACGAACCUAAGUGGCGAGGCGUCCUUCGGUCAGGGGAAACCCCAAGAGGGUGACGCGGAGGAGGGCAAGAAUAGCGGCAUUGGUGGAACGAACAACUUUGAGACGGAUUCGAGUGACGAUGAAUUUUUUCCCCCAGAUAGCUCCCUAACUGCACACAUGCCGCAUACCUUUCCUGUGGACGUGAAGAAGCAUAAGCUAGACUUUUACAGGAACCAUUUUAACCACCUGGUAACCCUAAUAAAGGUGAUCAUACCGAGUGUCUACAGAAUACACGCGGAGACCGUCUAUUUUGACAUCAAAUAUUUGUGUGUAGUGAUCACUUUGUCGGUUUUCAUUUCGCUGUAUAAAAUAUCGUUGACUUUGGGUGAUGGUAAGGAGUUUCUUAGCUGCCUGGAGUACCUCUUCUCAUACCACAAGGAAACGUGUGCCUUCAUUAGGAACCUCGUUCUGAGCAACCUCUCCGAAUCCUCAGUCAUUAGUGGCAUUAUCAUGUGUAGAAUUGUGGAGCAUUUUGCAGCAAUGAUGGGGACCAACUCGGUGUUCUCCCCUGUGGAGGGCGAGGGGGAGAAGGGGAAAAGUGCACCCUGUGCUAAUAGCUACGGUUAUGCGAUUUGUGAAGGGCCUACCCAGAUGGUGCCCUCUUUAUGCUACGGCCAAGGCCCCCACCUGCACGUGCUAACCAGCAUUAUUAGCAAAAUACUGCAAAAGAAAAUGGACGAAAUGUAUCCUUCCAAUGGGAGUAGCUACUUAUCUCAAAGCAAAGAAAUAUACAACAUUAUGUUUUGCUAUUUUUACGAGAUGUACAAGAAGGGGAAAAUCAGCGGUGGCGCUGUUGAAAAGGGCGGCUACGAAAAGGGCAACUUCCUCUUUUUCAAUUGGGAAAGAGAAAUGAAGAAUAUAUCCCUCGAAUUUGAAGUAAUUUUUUUGAACUACCAAAAUGUGAAGUUAUCCAAAGAGAAGAACAAAAUGGAGAAUGGCGGCCAACCCAUACGUUUAAGUCACCUGAUUGUUGAUGAGCGAACGUGCUACAAUGGCAUCGUUUUGAGUUACUGCUAUUUGCUUAACCUGUUUGGUCACCUAUCCUCCAUGGGGGAAGACGCCGCCAUCUAUUUCUACCAGUACAAUGUGGCGAAGCGUCUGUAUUUUUUUUUGUUCCAAAAGUUGUUUUAUCAAGAUGGGCGGAGUAAAAUGGGGAAGAAGGGGAAGGACGACUUGCGCUUUAGGGAUAGCUCCCUCCCGUGUGGCGACAUCAACAGGAGAAACGUUCUAAAUGUGCUAAAAAGCAUCGACAGAAAUGUUAGGCUGUAUAUCUUUUUAUACGCCCUGCUGUUUAGCAACCAUAAAAAUAGGGGCGAAAUGGUGCAGGGGUUAUUUUUGAACAGCGUGAAAACGUUGUAUGGGAUGUUUUACCAACUGGGGGGGGACCAAGUGAUCGACGAGAUUGACGAGGCGCAACUGGCCCAAAUGAAGGCAGUAGUGACGGAUGUUUUCGACUCCUACCACUACUACCUCAUUAUGAAUAACCUCUCCUUUGCCAAGUGUUCUCUCCUCAUUCGGUUGACCAGGGAGUGCCUAAAUGUGUAUGACAAUUUGCCCAUCUACUUUUUCAAAGAGAGCAGGAACGCGCCAAAAAGCAGCAACAGUAGGAGCUACGGUGCCGCGAAAAAAGAGGAGGCGGGAAUGAUACCUUUGGAAAAGCCCGACUUUUUUUAUCCCCGGGGAAGUAGUAACGUGGAUUCCUGGGCACAACACUAUGAUGAUUUCCCCUCGCUAAAAAGCGACACCCUGAAUUCGCUCUUUAUCCCCAAGUGCAGGAAGAACAACAAUGAGGCUCUUAUUAAAUCUAUCAAGCAGAGAAGGAAGAAGGGGAAAGACGAGGACACCGUUGGGGUGAGUGGCAAAUGUAGCUCUGCCGAAUUUGCUGACCAGAAGAAGAAGAAAAGUGCGGAUUCGUCACACUGCAAGGAGGGCACAGUAGGGGAUGCGGCUGCCGAGGGGGGGAGCGGCGAGCUGGAGAAGGAGAAGCAGAAGGAGAGAGAGCAGGACCAGGGGGAGGUCGAUUUUGACGUGAGUUGCGAAAAGAUGCGGAUAAUAAAGAACAUCCGGAGGGAGUUCCAGAUGGGUGAAAGGGGCGAAGCGGGUGCGGCGGAUGAGGCGGACGACGCAAAUGAUGCACACAACACAGGUAAGGCGCGCCGCGCGCGAGAGGCAAGCCGGGGCAACCCCGUCAUCCCCAUCAUCGACGUCCUAAAGGAGAUCUCCAAAGAAGUGCAAAUCAUACGGGAAAGGAAGCCUGGCGAGGCGAAGCACCAAAGAGUGGGCGUCGCCGACCAUGGUGAGAACAGCGCAGCGGCGGGAGAAGCAGAAGCGGAAGCAGUAGCAGAAGGAAUGAUGGACAGGGCCUCCUCCAUAUUUAGCGACAAGGCAAAUAAGGAAAAGAAAAAAAAAAACAACAAAUUGAACGAAAGCAAGAAGGGGCAUAAUAGCCUGUUUGAUUACUUCACCGGAAGCAAUUACAAACACUUUGACUACAUUCCGAAGGAUUCAUUUUACGAAAAUUUAUUUUAUGAUAAUAACGACAGCUCAUCGGGUGAUAAGAAGAAAAACAAGAGCAUAUAUAACAACUAUAACUGUCACUUCCCUGUGCAUUUGAGGAGAAACGGUCUCUACGUGGACAACGUGUCGAUUUUUAGUUCCCUCAGUGAAGGCUUGCCCAUCUCGAUGUGCGCGGAGAAGAUGAAUCUCGGCGUGCCAGAAGCGAGCACAGAAAGUGAGGCAAACGAGGUUGCGGCGCUGAACGAGUUAACCUCUCAGGGGGGGCAACACCCAUCUGAAAGCAAAUCUACCAAGGAUGAUGCUGCAAACCCCACGAGGGACAACAUACCGGUGGAAGUUACAAACGAUCCGGCGAAGCAGAUCAGUGCAAACGGCGGAGGUGGAAGCUCAAAGUUGCAAAGAAGCCCCAGAGGUGUUAUCCCCAACAGAAAUGCGUACACCAAGGAUAUCACCCACAGACUGCUCUUCUUCGGAAGGAACUACCAAGAUAAGCCGAAGAACCUGCAUGCAACCUUCAACAUAUUUGAUUCGCUUAAUAAGAUAGAAAAUUAUAUAAAGAAAAAUCUAAACAAGAGUAGUAAAAACGCCUAUGCGAAAUACUACUCGAAGGAGGAAGACCUGGUCAUCCUGUCGGUUAACGGCGUCGAUGUGCAUAACGAUUCCUGCCUCUCCGAGUAUUUAAUAAAGCUAAACGAUUUAUACUACAUGAAUAGAAAUUCAGCUUGCCUUAAUGAAGAGAAUAUUUUUUACAACACAGAUAAUUUCUACGUGUACAAUGAUAUUGUAGAGUUACUUCCUACACAUUAUGGGCAGAUGAAAAGUCAAAUCAGGUACCUGUGGAAUGGGCAUGGAGGGGAUGGAUGUUCCGCUUCGGAGAACUUUUCCCCUGGGGGGUGCCUCUACACAGGUGAUGGUUAUCCCCCCUACUUUGGCAACAACAGUAGCAGCAGUCAUAGUAUAAAUUUCAAGGUGAUUAAGAAGAGGAAGCAGAAUGAACCUGUGUGCUUGAAUUUUUUGGCCGAUGAGUUUAGCGGUAAGGGCAAUAUACACAUUGUUUCGAAGAAGAAGAAAACGAACAACAGUGCAGCUGAGCUGAGUGAGGAAACGAGGAGGAAGUUGUGCGAAAGGAGGGCAAGCCAGGCCGACCUCCACAGCUACGUAGAUCCCAUUACCUUUAGGAAAAUCAAAGCCAGCAUUGAAACGCCGUUAAACUGUAGAAUAGUUAGCGAGAAGUUUAAUUUUUUCAACAUUUCCUUCGACUUGGUUAAGAAUUUGUACAGCGCGGAUGAUAUGCAAGAUUGCGCAAGAAACACGGAGGGCACAGAAAACGGGGGAUUGGGGGAGCCCCCCAAAAGGAGCUUCUUCCGCAUGCUGAGAGGGGACCCUGCUGAGCACGCCAAGAGGAGGGAACAAUUGACGAGCGAAGCGCAGGAGGACGGUUCGGAGUCGAGGGAUAAGUCAAGCAAUUAUGCAAGCGGUGGCGUAACUGCUGGGGUGAAUAGCGUGGACCUCACCGAUGGGCAGUACUACGAAGAUGAGUAUGACGCGGAGCGGAUGAUGUCAUACGAGAGGCAGCCCUCGGAGGGGGAAGAGAAACCGUCCUUCUUGAUAGACUACCUGAAGGAGCACUACCGAAAGAAGGAGUUGAAUAUCUUCCUAUCGCAGAGAAAUUGCGUGGAGAGCGAUUCGAUGUACCUCUCGAGUUUUUUAAAAACCGAAAUGAGGAAGGUGACCGAGCUGGUUUUCUUGGACGACCACUACAUUAAUAAGGACGUGAUGCUGAGCACGCAUCUGCACAACAUUCACUUUUUGGUACACAAUUGGGAGGAUGACCUGAAGGAGAGUAGUGAAUCGAGAAGGGAAAGCCUCGUUGAUAAAAUUGACCGAAACAGGGAGAGGGAGAGGUCCCUAUAUGUGAAGCACCGCAGGGGUGGUGGAGCUACCAACCCGGACGGCAUAAUGAAGGGGCACGCAAAUGAGAGUAACCACCAGAAAGAUGCCAUCCCGAAUGAGGAGGAGCAGUACCUCCUAUUUAAUUACAUGCCCAUGUACAGCGAAAUUGUGAGAAGAGACGAAGUUUCCACCCGUUCGACGGCAAAGGGUUGUGGAUCUCGAAGGGAGGAUCGAUUUGCCCGUAGAAUGAGUAGCCAUUCAGGCCAAGCAGCGAAGGGAAAGUCCAGACAAGCAGAAAAAGAAGAUAAAGAUAUUUUCCUACAGAACAUUUACAAUUUUAUGUUCUUCAAGUUUCUCUACCUCCUGUGCAGGCAUUUUAACAUGUGUGACAUUCCAUCGCUGCUGACCUUUUACGUGAAUAACAAGACGGGGGAGAAUUCCAUGCUCAAAGUGCACGACGCCGCGUUACGUGGCAACAGUAUGCUGAACGAGGAAACGAUAAAGGAGGUUAGCAGCCUGAUGGGGGAAACCCUAGAAAAGGCAACCGAAGGGGGAGACCCCCCCCCCGUGGUGGGCAUAGAAGGUAUAAAGAAAAAGUGCUUCAUCCUGAACAGCAUUAACAACAAGGUGAUGUACUACCUGAAUAACCCCCUCUUCCUAUUCAGUGAAAAGAUCCCCUCAUGGGUGUAUAAAAUUUUUUACCUGUUCAAUUUUGUGGUGGACAUUGAUAUAAGGCUAUUAUUUUUUGAGGUAGUUUAUUUUGGAAAUUAUAGAGGCUUAUACAAUUACAAACAGAAGAUAAAAGAAGUGGUGGAAAAGUUCAACGACAAAAUAAGCUUCGGUAAUAGGUCCCUAACGGAGGAGCACCUACUCUCCGUCUGUGCCAAUUAUACCUACAAUUGUGAAAAAAAAAAAUUGUUCAAUUUUUUGACAGAUAAUACAGCUUUGACUUUGCCAAGGACGAAGAUUAAAUUGCAUAGAAAUAAGAUGGUGGAUUCUUCCUUCCGUAUUUUUAACCAUAUACAUUUUAUCAAUUCGAAUUUUAUCACUCCUUCUUAUUUGGAUAUUGAGUUUUUUAAUGAGGAGGGCACAGGGUUGGGUCCUUCUCUAGAAUUCUACAAUGAAGUGAUAGAGGAAUUGAAGAAGGAAAAACUGAAGCUGUUCAAAUUGGAGGACACUUACUUGUUUCCCCUUUCUUACAAAAUUGACCUGAACAAUUUUGACUUUAAUUUGUUGAGGAAGCCUAAAAGUUCGGAGCUGUUGGGACUGAACAGCGGUUCCAGCAGCGCAAGCCACAUGAGCGGGGGUGCCCACAGUGGAGGGAACAAUUACUACGCGUACGCCAGUCACCUUGGCAGCAUCAGUGGUAAUGUAAACAGUAGCGGUGUGAACAGCGGCAGCGUGAACGGUGGCAAGACGUACCAUUUGCAGAAUGCCAACCCAAGUCACUCUUCGUCGUCACCGCUGAACAAGCGCAUCAACGUGAUUAGCGACGGGGCCAAUGGAAGCAGCUACCACUCGGUGAACAGCCUAAUCAACCAUUUUCUCUACUCCAUGAAUUCGAACGUUUUUGCCGGUGAAGGUAACAGCCUGGGGAAGUACGAAGAUUUGUCAGAAAUGGAAUUCCUGGGCAAUAAAUUGAAGUAUAAUAAAAAGGGGAAGAAGCACUCUGAGCAUAUUAAAAAGGGAGGUAAAAAAAAUGAGACCAAGAAAAAGAGUGCUGCCACAGGGGGGGAUGCAACCAACGUGGGCAGUGCUAGCGGCACCUCCAGGAGGAACAAGAAAAAAAAUGAACAGGAAAAAGCCCCAAGUGAGGGCAACAAAAAGGGGGACGACCAGCUAUUCACCGACAGUGACGUAGCAAAAGGAAAAAACGAACAGAAGAAUAAGAAGAAUAAGAAGAAGAAGAAAACCAAGUACAUCGACAACGCGGAUGAAGCAGCGGAGGAGGGAGAGGAUGACGAGGUGGAUGAUGACGAGGAGGAAGACGAUGUGGAGGAGGAUACCCUUGGGGAUAACAACCCCUGUGGUGAGAGCCACCGCAGCGAUAAGGCUGACUCAAGUGCGAAGAAAUCCACCCCCGCAACGAGCAGCGCUUGCUCGUACAAAAAGAACACCACGUUUGACGUCAGAAUGGAGAGCAUAAUUAAAUUGGGCGAAGAGGAAUAUAUUAACUCUGAGAAAAAUAAAAAGAAAAGGAUUCGGUGUUACGUAGGUUCUAGUGAGAAGCAGGAGGAGGAGAGUAAGAAGAAGAGUCUCAUGAGUGAGAGGAAGGCGGUGGAUGCCAAGGCGGUGGAAAGCCCAGAAAGCGUGCAGACGAAGCAGGCGCGGGAGGACGCCGCGGAGGAGGUAAGCCAGGGCGUUGAGAGAAUUGCCCCCCGCGCGGAUAGGCUGAGUAGCCCAUCCGAGACGGAUAAAGACCCGCAACGUGCCGCCGCCCAAUCGGAGGAAGAAAAGAAGUCCGAUUCGGCAGAGGAGACGGAAAAUACAGGGAAGAACAAUUUGAAGAAAAAGAAAACGGAUAGGGGGGUGGGCAGCAAGAACCACCCUGCGUCCAAAUUUAGCGAAAUAAAAGAUUCGCCAGUUGGAAGGGCACCAAACAAAUCGACGAGCGUGUCCGAUGUAGCGAGCAGCUCGAGAAACGUAAGCAACGUGUCGGUGAAGGAGGAGAAAGCUGAGAGGCCCUGCUGCAAGUUAUUGGACAAGGGGGUAGAAGGUAAGGAAGACGGGGCGAAGAAAAGCAAAAGUGAUAAACAGAAUAAGCAGGAGGAUACCAAAGUUGUAAAAAGCGAAGAGAGCAAAAAGAAGUAUCUCCUCUCGCAGGAAGUUCAACAGGAGGUCACUGACAACGAGAAAAAGGAGACCACCGAAAUGGAGAACAAAAAUGUGCACGUCAAACGGUAUAAGCUAUUUACGAAAGAUUUCGAGCAGCAUUUUAUGAAGGAGGAAAAUGAUAUGGAAGUAAGGAGACAGCAAGAGGCACGAAGAAAAAUGAACCUAAACGAUGAAGCGAAUUUGUCGCGCUCCGUAACGCAAAAUAUUAUCAGUUCACUUAUAAACGAAAUGGAGAGCAAAUCGUCCUUGCAGGGGGUCAGUUUAAAGGCAUCCAAUGAGGCGAAUGAGAAGGUCAAGGGGGACGCCGCUCAAAACAAGGGUAAUAACGAUGAGUCAAGCAAACCGAUCGCCAACAAUGCAAGCAAAAAGUUGAGUGAAAAUUUUCAAAAGAAAUUGCAAGAGAAGGGCAGAAAGAAGGUGACCAGUAUUGAACAGGACACUCUGGAGAACAGACUCUUCAAGUACUUCAAAUUGUUGGGUCAGUUGUGUGCAAAAAUUUUAACAGACAAUAGGAACGUAAAUGUAAAUCUGCACCCCCUUUUUUGGUACCUCGUUAUGAACAACUCCGGUUAUGUCAACAUCUCCAAGUUUCAGCACUAUCAAGCGAUCGACCGAGUCAACAUGAACAGCAUAAAUAAACUGCUGGAGUACCGAAAGGAGAACAAAAAUGUUGAGGAUUUGCUGCUCGAUUUUACCCUCUUAGGGAGCGACCCGCCCGUUGAGCUAAUCCCGAACGGAGCCAACAUUGCAGUGAACAAUGAAAACCUGAACCUGUUCAUAAAUAAAACCAUCGAGUAUUCGCUGUACGAGGGGAUAAAGUUUCAGAUAUGGGCCUUCCGCUUCGGCUUCAGCACGAUCGCCCCCCUCCUGUGCACAAACAUCUUCGACGAAGAGGAAAUUUGCGAGUACCUGUUCGGCAGCAAUAUCGAGAAUGACGAGCACUGGACGAAGCUGCACCUGUCGACGUAUAUUAAGCCGGACCAUGGGUACACGAACGAUUCUGUCACGUUUAUCACCCUGAUCGAAAUAUUGUCGGAGUUCAACAAAGAAGAGAGAAAACUGUUUGUUAAGUUUUGCACCGGAACGUCCGCCUUGCCGAAUAAAGGAUUUGCAGCUUUGAAGCCGCUAAUGAAAGUUGUGAAAAAGGAGGACAAUAACGAUUUGCCCAGUGUGAUGACCUGCACCAACUACCUAAAAAUCCCCGAUUAUAAAAAUAAAGAAAAGCUCAGGAACAGAUUGUUGUACGCCAUUAAUGAAGAAGAUCUUUUCCUUAUCGUAGUUGCGUACAACCAGAGCGGAGUUCCCAAUGCGGGGUGUUCACCAUAUGGAGUGCCAACCAUAUGGAGUGCCAACCAUAUGGAGUGCUAA